AUGCGACUACUCAACCCGUCGAUCCUGGGCUGUCCCGCCCUCCGCCAAGUCGAUGCGAUGAUCAACCAAGCGUUUGGUCCGACCUUGGAAUCGGAACGUGUACGCGCCAAGCUGCUGCGGUACCUCCGUCACAUUUUGGACCAAGGCCAGUGCUCGUAUUUGAUCACGCCGUCGGGGUCGUACCCGCUCAAAACGCACCUGCCGGAUUCCGACAUUGACGUGUGUCUGGAAGUGCCGGACGCGGCCGCCACGUGGCAUCUUGCCGUGACCCAAGCGCUGAUUGGCGCCGCGACGCCCGUCGACAGCGAUUUUCGUGAUUUCACGGCAUCUGAUUGGACAAACUGGACGGUUCACCUUGCGCAGCAAACAAGAUUGCCUAUUUCACCUUGCUUUUUCUGGUUAAUGGCCUUCAAAUUGGCAAAAUAUUCAAUCACUCGCCAGAGAAUCCAAUCUUAA